UGCACGGAUUUUUGUGUGUGUUUUGCGUGUGUUGUUGUACGCACAUAGUAAACUUUUAAAGAAAGACAGGUGCCAGCCGAGUUGUUCGCGGCAAAAUCGGCCGAAGCAGCGUCACAAGCGUCAUAGUUUCCGCGAGCAAAGGUCGCAUUCAGUUGCCGUGCUGUGGUUUAUUAACAGUCUAUGAAUGUAGCCAAUGCACCGUGCUUCGCUGCAUCGGCAGCAGCAGACGCCUGUGUAGUGUCUGUGUGUGUCACAACACCCCCCGCAACAACAGUUGGCUUCGACGCGGCGAUACGCGGAGUCGCUUCUUGGUUUACACGUCGUCUCGAAUAGCGUCCGCGAAAUGAUUCGCGAGGAUGUCUUUCGCGCGACGUUGUAGUGGUUGUGUAGUCUCGUGAACGUGACGUUGGAGCGGAGCAACGCUCGCUGCGGAAGUGGAAAACCGUUGAUCUCCGAUAUGGUCACGCUUCACUGCUGUUGGGCGAAUGCUGCAUGCGUGGGAGCUGCCGUCACCACCGUUUCCUGAGAUAUGGACGGACAGUCGGGAUCGUCGAGGGGCAACGGCAUAACGGUCACGUUCAUGUCGCAUCCAUCCAUAUGGCUCGCCGGGCGCCUCCCGUCGGCCGUGUUGUGCGCCCUGGCCACUUUCGUGCUGACGUUCCUCGCCAUUCGACAGAGCGAUGAGUUCAUCAAGCAGCAGGAGCAGGAGGAAGUGUUCAGGUGGCUCCACAACAUCGGUUUUGGAGAGCGCAAGCAGUUCUUAUAUGACCGAGGUUGUGACUCCCUCGCCUCCUGCUGCGACUUGCUGCUCUCUCCUUUUCCACCCGUCCCCUCCUCUCCCGGAGUCUCUUCUCCUCUUUCCUCCUCCUCGAACGGCGUCGGCGAACUGUACGAGGCGCUGCGGCCCUCCGCCCGGCGCCUGCGGUCGAGGCUAGUGCUGGAGCGCUGGCUUCGCGACCACCGCCUGCCGCUGUCUGUCGCGGCCCGGCAGAGGGGCGACAGCGCCGGCUCUGCUGCUGCGAGCGACGCCGGCGACCGGACGGCGUCCGCUCGUCCUGGCGUCGUCGAUCCCGACGAGGACGCGACCGACGGGCAGCAGCGGUCCACCGAGGCACCGUCCUCCUUCUUCGGCUGGCCCACCCCGGGAUUCGGGUGA